AUGAGUGAAAUAAGAUUUUGUAAUACAGAAUACAUGCAAUUAUUAAAAAGGCCUAGAGAGUUACCUAAUUUUAUUGGUGCUGAUGCUGGUAUAAAUGCUGUUUGGAAGUGUAAGAUGGUAUAUUGGAGUGUUAAAAAAAAAUUAAUUCCUCGUAUUGUUUAUAAAGGAACAAUAAAAAUUCAAUAUUCUAAUUUAUUUAUAGAAGGUUUAUUUCCAUCAUUCAAGGAAACUAUACCACUAGUCUCAAUAUGUUAUGUUGAAGCUGAUGAAAAUAAAAAUUUACUAUCUGUAAGAGGUCGUUGGUUUAAAAUAGAAAUGUUUGGUAUAUCAAAUAUUCUAGAGGUACAAGAAUGGUUUAGAUUUCUAAUAAUUCGUCAACGUAUUCCACAUUCUAUAUUGAGAAAAAAAUUUGAUUGGGAAAUGGAUAAAGAAAUAAAUAAUGAACAAAAAUAUGAUAAAAAUAAUUGUUAUAACGAAAAAAAAUACAUACAGGAUGAUAAUAUAUCAAUAUAUGAUAAUUUAAGUAUAAAUAGUCUUAAACAAGUCCCAACAUCUUUUAAAAAAUCACUUAUUUCUUGUUUACCUUUUAUUGCUAAAUAA